CGGCCGGACCCUCCCGCGCCACCCCGGCUGCGCCGCGCCCGCCCCCGGCCGCCACUUCCCCUUGAGGGGACGGGCCGGGUCGGGCCGCGCCGCCGCGCCUGGAGAGGAGCGGAAAGUGGGGAAAGCCCGAGAACUUCCCGUCUGCCCGCCCGCGCCUGCCCCGUCGGGCUCCGCCGAGUCCCUCCAGAGAGAUGUCUGAGACUCCUGCUCCGUGUUGCAUCAAGAGCAUCAUAAACAGUGCUCCUCUCUGAACCCGGACUGCAGGGCUGUGCCCACUCAUGCCAACCCAUUGGAAUCACCCAAGCUGUCAGCCAGGACACAGCUGGUGUCAACAUCUGGCCUGUAGAACCUGUCUUAUCAUUAAGGAUGCAGAAGGUGGAGCAAAGAGUCAUCUCAACAGUGAGGAAGUGGUAGUAGUUGUCUUGCAGGAGAUGGAAACAAGCUUGUUUGACAGGUGGCUCUUGGAUGCAGUUGACUUGGAAAGAAACUCCUGAACUUCCAGCAGGAAAGAAUUUCGUACACACCUCCAGCGAGCCCGGUACCAAAUUACACCUCGUCACCACUACAUGUCCCAGUGCCUCAAGCCAUCAGGAUGGAGGAAGACACCGUCAGACUGCCAGCACACCUGCGUUUGCAGCCAGUUUACUGGAGCAGGGAAGAUGUGGCCCAGUGGCUCCGGUGGGCAGAGAAGGAGUUUUCCUUGAGGCCCAUUGAGAGCAGCUCCUUCGAGAUGAACGGCAAAGCUCUGCUGCUCCUGACCAAAGAGGACUUUCGCUACAGGUCCCCUCAUUCAGGUGAUGUUUUGUAUGAACUCCUUCAGCAAAUCCUGAAGCAAAGGAAAGCUCAUAUGCUCUUCACACCCUUCUUCCACCCUGGGAACUCAAUCCAUGCUCAGCCAGAGGUCAUAUUGCACCAGAAUCAUGAUGAAGAUAGCUUUGUGCAGAGAACUCCAAGACCAUCUGCAGAAGGACUCCACCACAACCCCCCAACCAUUGAACUGUUGCAUCGCUCGCGGUCGCCCAUCACCAACAACCACCGUCCAUCGCCAGACCCUGACCAGCACCCGCUGAAGUCCCCCAUGGACAGCACCCUCCGUCGCCUGUCCCCGGCCGACAGGAUGCCAGGGUCAAGGCACCAGUAUGAGAACAACCAGCACGAGCCCUAUCCUCUCUCAGUGUCCCCAAUAGAAAACAAUCACUGCCCGCCUCCUUCUGAGCUGCUCCAGAAGCCCUCCAGCCCUCGCCAGGAGAACACCAGGGUCAUCCAGCUGAUGCCCAGCCCAAUCAUGCAUCCUUUGAUACUGAACCCCAGGCACUCCGAUUUCAAACCACCGAGGUUGUCUGAGGAUGGGCUGCACAGGGAUGUCAAGCCCAUCAACCUGUCCCACCGAGAAGAGUUAGCUUAUAUGAACCACAUCAUGGUGUCUGUCUCCCCUCCCGAGGACCACGCGAUGCCGAUCGGCAGGAUAGCAGACUGUAGGUUGCUUUGGGAUUAUGUUUAUCAGCUGCUUUCUGACAGCCGGUACGAAAAUUUCAUCCGAUGGGAAGAUAAGGAAUCCAAAAUCUUUCGGAUAGUGGAUCCCAAUGGGCUGGCCCGGCUGUGGGGAAACCACAAGAACAGAACAAAUAUGACUUACGAGAAAAUGUCCAGAGCCCUACGCCACUACUACAAACUAAAUAUUAUCCGGAAGGAGCCAGGACAAAGGCUUUUGUUCAGGUUCAUGAAGACCCCAGACGAGAUCAUGAGUGGCCGGACAGACCGCCUGGAGCACCUUGAAUCCCAGGAACUGGAUGAACAAAUAUACCAAGAAGAUGAGUGCUGAAGGAAACAGGUGCAGCACCUCUGUGGGUCCAGGGGAGGAACAUCAGCCUGACGGUUGGCACGGUUUGGGAGGGGAAGCAACAGCACAGGAGCAGUACUUGAGGUUGCUGCUUAGCUUGAAGACCACGCAGGACCUGAAGCACCUUAACAAAACAAACUCACCGGCAGAAGUGGUGCUGGCAGGAAAGCCGAGGGGAGAAAGCCUGGACUUAUGCACUACUUCACUGUUCCUACAAAGUCUCCCUUGAGUUUUUUCUUUCUUUUUGGUUUGUUUCAGUUUUGGGGUUUUUUUGUCAUUUUUUUUCCCUAAUAAACAUGCAGUUUGACUUUCCUUAUCUCACAUAGGACAAGACAUCAGAUUAUGCUUCUUCUUUUUUGGUUUUUUGUUUUUGGAAGGCUUUCCUAUGGAAAUAGAGUGCUCUUAUUUUCUGUGCAAGUCUCAUGACACAACACUGCAUAAACAAUAGCAACACAGAAGGGAUUUGCUCAAGGCUUCCAGUUUGCUUGGAUCAAUUUAUAUGUGCUGCCACUGGGAAAUGUGUUGAAUACCUGUAGUAUUGUCCACAAGGGUCCCAGGAUGAGGGAAGAGACGAGAAAGUUGACUCCAUGUAUCAGCAAGCUAGGUUUAUUAUUUUAUGAUAGAAAAUAUAUUAAAACUAUACUAAAAGAACAGAAAGAAAAGAUUUCAUCAGAAGGCUAAGCUAAGAAUAGAAAAGGAAUGAAUAACAAAGGCUUGUCUCUCACCGAGACAGUCUGGACAGGUGAACUGUGAUUGGGCAUUAAUUCCAAACAACCAGAUGAGACCAAUCACAGAUUCCCCCUGUUGCAUUCCACAGCAGAAGAUAAGAACUGUUUACAGUUUGUUCCUGAGGCCUCUCAGCUUCUCAGGAGGGAAAAAUCCUAAGGAAAGGAUUUUUCCUAAAACAUGUCGGUGACAUCUACCAAAAGAAUUUCUCACACAUACCUGUCAAAUGAAGAGGAGACACCCUUCAGAUGUAGGCUGGGCUGUCAUCCCAGUGUAGCUUGGGCUCACAAAGAGUACUCUGAGUGGCUGUUAAUUGCUGGAAUAUGGACCAAAACCAAUCACCUAAGUGCUCCAGAGAGGAGAAAAAUAAAUGUGACAAACCUCUGCAAGUGACUAUCAGUUAACAUUUUCCCUCCUUCUAGCAAAGAAGUGGUAAAAUGGAGGAGGGGGAAGGGAGGGUGGGGACAAAUACAUAUAUAUGUGUGUAUAUAUAUCUAAAAGUUCCAUAUAUAUAUAUAUAAAAAUAUAUAUGUAAUCCCCCCAGUAUAUUCACAAUGCAGAGUUGUGCAUUUCAGUUCAGAGUUUUCUAUAAAAAGAAAGACUGAAGCAUCUGUAAUUACAGAAGGAAGAGGUGUUUCUCAUACCUGCUAGCAAUUUUGGGGUGAAAGGUGAAGGACUGUUCCUUACAUCAUAGGGAGAAAGCAAAGGGACUCAUCACAUGGUUUGUAUUACUCAGAAGCCUCUCCAGGAUUAUUUUGUGCUGCUGGAGAGGUAGAUGAUUCACCACUCCAAAAUCUGAUGUUAGAGAACUAGAGACCAAAUAGCUAUACUUAUAUCUUGUAAUUGAUUUUGGCUUUGUUUUGGGAUUUGGUUGUUUUUUUUAUGCCUCCCACUGCCCUCCCCCAUCCUACAGCUCUGCCAUCAAGGAAGCUUGUCCCAGCUUGCCUGUUUUUAACAUGAUUUAAGAGAAGAGAAAAACAAACCCUACAGCUGUGUUGCUUUCUUGGUAUGGGGUCUUGUUCUGGUUGCAAGGUGCCUCCAUUUGGUUUGCUGCACUGAGGGUGCUUGGCAUGAGGCAAAGAGCUAUGCCUAGUUUGGUCACAGAAAGCUCAGCAGUCCUUGAUGCCCAAACAAGAGAAACUGCUGGCCUGUUUAAUUUCACAGCUUGGACCACCAGGACAGGAAUGUCUGUGGUGUCCAGUGAUCCAUCAGCAGGGGUCCUUUGAAUGGAAGGAAGAUCUAGCAUCAAAAUGAUGCUUGCAGAGGGAGAAGGUUUAUAGGAAAACUGCAGGAAUCACAUGGUGCCUGAAAGAAAGCACGUCCACAGCAGUGCAUUAAAAGCAGAAAGCCUCUUUAAUGGAAACAUAAAAGAAACUAGAUCUGGAAAAAAAUCAAAAGGCUAAUCUAAUCCAUUUCAACCAAAAAACAAGGUACAUUCCCAUGAUAGAGCUUUUAUCAGCUAUUAAACCAACACGACAUUUGCUCUUUCCACGUACUUAACAAGAGGGUUAAUCUAUCCAGGGAAAAAUGGCACUCUGCAAUGAACAGUGUCCCCUGUGUUUAAACAGAGAUAGGCCAAUCUCACCAAAGACUUAAUAUUGAGUCACGGGUCGUAGAAGGAACAGCUUUGUUAAGGGUGUAGAUAAGCAUCGUACAACAAGGAGAGAUUUUUCUGAGCCAGUAUCUGAUGAGGAAUGACAGGGUGUACAUUUCUCCCUGAGCUUUUCCCAGCCAUGUUUUUCUAUAAAAUCACAGUCAGUAAGUUACAAGUCCCAGCACACCAUGUACUUGAUCUGCUCUGCCUCAGAAUAAUGGACAUUGGAGAGUUUUUUAGCAAUGUGUCACCUGUCUCUGGCGUGACUCUGAAGUCCUUGGAGCUCAUGAGGCGUGAGAUUGGGAGACACUGUGAAACUUCAGUAGUGACAGAUCUGAAAUCCAAGGUCCCUUGAGAGCAAGGGCCCAAGGAGUUACUCUGUCACAUUGCUCAAGGGCCCCCAAGUUGCAGCCAGGUCUCAGGAGCUGGAAUGAAGUGGUGAAUUUGACAGAUGGAGUGUGAUCAGAAGUACCAAUGUAAAGAAAGGCUCUAGCUGGAUCCUUGCGUUUCCAGUGGUAAAAAGAGAACGUUUUUGCAGAGGAUGAUUCAUUCUCUCUACUGCUGUGGUCUAGACAACUGCAUACCUGCAUUAUUUUCUUCAGCCUGCUGUUACAAGAUGGUGAGGGACCAAAAAAAUAGAGACUUUCUGCAUAAAGUGCUCUGAUGAGUCACAGCUUUUUGUCAUGGCCAAGGUGCACACUGCAGAAUACAGAGAACCAGAGACAAUCCACCCAUUUCCUCACCAUUAUCUACCAAAUUAAGUCCAUCCUCAGCACUGGGUAAGACAGGAAAAUCACACAUUGUCCAGUAGGGAAGCUUCAUCGUAGAAAUGUUCACCUUUACAAAGAAAUGCAAUCACUUCUACUUGCACAAUCUAAGUCAAAGGGAAAAAAAUGUUUGUGGCUGUUGGAAACUUCCCAGUUCACACACAAAGGACAUCUUAAGACAAUGUCAUCACAGCCACAGAGAAGGAGUUCUCUCAAGGCUGAUGCUAUUUGGAAUGAAAGUAGCCUUUGACCUUGGAACAGACCAGUCCCACAGAGGCCCUUCCUGUCUCCUGACAGGUCUCCAGGUGCCAAAGGGAAUGGUGUGGUUGACACUGGAGCUGCCAGGACUGCAGGGCCUUGGGGCCUCUUGUGGGAACUGCAGGAUUUGAACUGCUCUUGGGGUCUUUGAAGUGAGUUUAUUAGGUAUGACUAAAAAUAAAAAAGCAGUGGCAGGCUAGAGCAGCUGCAGGAGGGAGAUUCCCAUUGACCUCACUUCCACUAGCAGAUCCAUGGGAAUGCAAAGACAGCAUUAACAUCCUGAGCCAUAGGAAUGUGUCGCUGCCUGCCAGGGCUAGCAAAGGUAACACUGUCUUUCCACCAACACUGACACCUGCCUUCCUCCCCUCCCCCAGUUUCUGAUUUCCCAGUGUAGAAUUUGCCAGCAGCAAAACAGCCAAACUGUCUGCCUUUGCCACCAGAGCAAGUGGGGAAAGGGAGAAAGCAUUUCAUCCUUGAAGACACACAAAAGUCACUUGGACAUGGUCCUGGGCAACUGUGCCUGGUUGGUCCUGCCUGACCAGAGGGGGUUUGACCAGAUCCCUGCCAACCUCAGCACCCAGCAAAGGUUCUGAGUGGUUAAGUGGUUAUGCAAAGGUUAAGUGGGACCUUCAUUGUCAUCAACUUGCUACAAGCCUCAACAAGCCACAGGUCAGUCAGGCAGGACAUGCUGCAGUUCCACAGCAGAAUAUUUUCUUGAUUAAAGUUUGAAACCUGUUGACUGCCUCUCCAUCCAGAGAACACUACUGGGGCCCUUUCUGUGAACACUAAGUUGCUGCCAUCCUCCCCAUGUUUCAAACUCCACAUUAUGCAUUCUCCAGAUUUUUUUUGUCAGACUGCAACUGUACGUGAAUCCAGAGUUUGAGGUCUUUUUUUAAAAAAAAUAAAAUUCUAGUGUUUUUAUUGAUGAUGGCUUUUGUUUUUUUAAGGUGUGGGGCUAAGGGACUGAAUCAAAUGAAUGUAACAAAACAAAAACAAGCCUAUUCUCAGGGCCAGUGAGUUGCAAAUAAUUUUUAAAAUGCUUGUAAUUACAUCAUCUCAAUAAAAAAAUUUAAUAUAAAAGCA